AUGUUGAUAUAUUUUCAUUCAGCUGCUGUCUCAGGGAACGACUGUGGUCUCCGGUUCUACCAGAAACACAAAAGCUGGAUUGAUGCCCUGCAGCACUGCCACAACAAGAACUCCACCCUGGUUCAAAUCACCAACCAGCGAGUGCAGGACGCAGUGAACUCUGUCCUACAAAAUAAGAGCGGCUUGGAUGGUGGAGUGUGGAUCGGCCUGGAGCGCUCCAUCUUUGGUGUAAACGUCCCCUGGCAGUGGAUUUCAGGGGAAAGAGUAAAGGAACCUCAUUGGAGCAGUAGCGCUUUUGUCGACCCCUUAAACAACCACUGUGGAAAGGUCAUCCACGUAAAAGAGUCACAAGAAUUCAAGUGGCUGGACGAAGACUGCCAUAAAGAGCUGCCUUUCAUCUGCCAAGGAUCUCUGGAGCUCAGUCAGAGUCACCAUCUGGGUCUUGGUCACCUCUCACUAAGCCCCUCACCGCUGAUUGCUCAGUUUCGCCGGGCAACCAGCUCUUGGUAG